GUCAUAAGUUCUUCAUCUUUCUCUCUCACACACAAACACACACUUGAAAUCCCUCUUCUUUUUUGUUCCUUCAAGAUCUAACUCUAACUUCAGUUUUCUCUCACUAGAUUCUUGUAGUUCACUCGGUUUCUGUAUCUACAACGCCUUUGCUGCUGAUCUUCGCCGCAGUUUAUGGAUCUACAUUGCGGUAUUUGAGCUUGUUUUUUAGUUGAUUUUUGCUGUGGGAGAUAGUUAAUGAUGGUGUAUUUACGUUUCGUUGAAGGAGUUGAGGGAGAGUUUUGUCGGCGGAAAUUACUCCAGGAGCAAAACCCUAGCUUGGAGUCCAGUGUUGCAUUGUUAAUUCAAGCUUUAAUGUUUUGACAAUGGUGUUUAUGUGUUUGCUUCCAAGAUGCCAAGUACUUUGAUGCUGUUGUUUGUGUUUCCUCUUCUCACUCUCGGCUCUCCUACAGUUUGUUACGGCAUUUCUUUUCUGAAUAUCAAAUUGUCUCCUUCCCUGCUGUCAAGCCAACCUUUGUUAGUGAGGAAAAAUGGUUUUGAACAUCUCAAAGUGAGGUUAAUGUCAAUGAGUGCGUCAGUUAUUCCAUCUAUAACAUCACAUCCACGCGAGCCCUUCAUGCAGCCUUCAAUCGUGCCUGCUCCUUCUCCAACAAUUCAAGGCCCUGUUGCUAGUCCUACUGUCGGCAGCUCUAGGCGACAUCGCCAUCAUUAUCGUCAUGGGAUGAUCACUCGUGCAGUUUCUCCAUCCCCGUCCCCCAUACCAGGUUGUGACCAAACCUGUUUGGAACCACUCACUUCGACUCCCAUUGGGUCACCUUGCGGUUGUGUUUUUCCAAUGAAAGUCAGAUUGCUUUUACAAGUAUCUGUCUACGCUGUAUUUCCCGUUGUGAGUGAGCUAGAGAUUGAGAUUGCAACAGGCACAUACCUAACACAGAGUCAAGUGGUCAUAACAGGUGCCAGUGCUGAUAGUCAAGAUCAAGAACGAACUGCAGUUGAUAUAAAUUUGGUUCCACUGGGAGAGAAAUUUGAUAAUAUGACGGCUUUACUCACUUAUGAUAGAUUUUGGCGGAAGAAGCUCUCUUUGAAUAGAACCCUUUUUGGAGAUUAUGAGGUGGUAUAUAUUACUUAUCCAGGGCUUCCUUCUUCUCCACCAUAUGGAGAUCACCCUGGGAGCGGACCAAGUGGGAGUCCUGGAAAUCGACAAAAUCCCAUCACUGCAACUUUUGUAGAAAAAAGUCAGAAGAUGAACCCUAAAACCAUUUUCGUAAUUACCUUGUCUGCAGUAGUACUCUUGGUUGUUUUCUGUGCAGCAAUCUCUGUUUUCUUAAAGUACAGGAAAAUUGGUAAAUCAAAUGCCGUUGGCCCUGUUUUUACUAUCCCAACUACCAAGAGACGUGGAAUUGGAGCAAGGUUGUCAAGUGAUCCAUCAAACUCCACAUUGUCUGUAGGCUCUGGCAUGCCUACUUCCAUCCUCUCUGUGAAAACGUUCACACUAGCUGAGCUUGACAAGGCCACUGAAAGAUUUAGCUCAAGAAAAAUCUUGGGUGAAGGAGGUUUCGGAUGUGUUUAUCAUGGGAUCAUGGAAGAUGGAGCUGAAGUUGCUGUGAAAUUGCUCAAUAGAGAUAAUAAUCAGAACGGAGAUCGUGAGUUCAUUGCGGAAGUUGAGAUGCUAAGCCGGUUGCAUCAUCGCAACCUUGUUAAAUUGAUUGGCAUAUGCAUUGAAGGGCGCACACGCUGCUUAGUUUAUGAGCUUGUUCCAAAUGGCAGUGUUGAGUCUCAUUUGCAUGAUGUGGAUAAGGAGAACGGACCUCUUGACUGGGAUGCUCGGUUGAAGAUUGCUCUUGGUGCAGCAAGAGGAUUGGCUUAUCUUCAUGAAGAUUCUAAUCCCCGUGUAAUUCAUCGUGACUUUAAGGCAAGCAAUGUUUUGCUAGAAGACGACUUCACUCCCAAGGUAUCAGAUUUUGGGUUAGCAAGAGAAGCUACAGAAGGGAGUAGUCAUAUUUCUACCCGUGUCAUGGGAACUUUCGGUUAUGUUGCCCCUGAAUAUGCCAUGACUGGGCAUCUACUAGUCAAAAGUGACGUUUAUAGUUACGGGGUCGUGUUGUUGGAGCUUCUAUCCGGACGAAAGCCGGUUGACAUGUCACAACCUCCCGGUGAAGAAAACCUCGUGACGUGGGCUCGCCCACUUCUCAUGAGCCGAGAAGGCCUGCAGCAGUUGGUGGACCCCACUUUGUCCGGGAUGUACGACUUCGAUGACAUGGCAAAAGUGGCUGCGAUAGCUUCCAUGUGUGUGCACCCUGAGGUAACCCAAAGACCUUUCAUGGGUGAAGUGGUCCAAGCCUUAAAGCUCAUAUACAACGAUAAAGAUGAGGUAUGUGGGGACAGCACCACUCAACGAGAUUCAUCGGUGGUAGAGUCGGACUUCAAGGGAGAUCACGAUCACGCCCCUUCCGACAGCAGUUGGUGGAACGCAGGUGGCGGUGCAACGCCACGCUUGACCUACGGUCAAGCUUCUUCAUUCAUAACAAUGGAUUAUAGCUCCGGCCCACUUGAAGAUUUAGAAAACCGACCGUUUUCAGCUUCGAGCUUUGAUGCCGGUCUACCCAUCAGUCAUGGGAACAGGUCGGGCCCACUAAGGACGGUUCGGAGCAAACCGUUGUUUUACAGAUCAAAAGGAAGCAUGAGUGAACAUGGUGGACUCCUUUUGAAGCCGUUUUGGAGUGAAGCUUCUUUCUAGAAACCGAAAAGAGUGUUCGUUGUUUUUUUUAAGUGUACAUAACCGAAACGCCAUCGUGGGAAGUGGGUCGAUGACCGAUAGGGUUUCGGGAUUGCUUUCGGGUUGUAUGAAAUGAUGUGAGUUUGAUGAUAUUAUAUAUGGAGAAAAAAGAAGGGAGAUUUGUAGUUUUUGACAA